AGAAGUAGUGUCAUGGCGGUCCACGAAGCAAGAAAGAAAAGAUAUAAAAAAGUGCCUCCGGAUGGUGGAUAUGGUUAUUGGAUUUUGGUGGCGGCUUCUGUGAGCUUGGUUUCAUCGACAAUGUUUUACGUAUGUUUCGGAAUAAUUUACAACGAUUUCUUCACCAAGCUUGACAUGGGCACGACCGGCAUCAGCGUGCUGACGGGGAUCCGGGCGGUGAGCAUGGCGCUCUCCGGUUUCCUGACAGGCCCGCUCCUGAAAAUGAUGAGCAGACGUAAGCUGGCUUUCGUAGGCGCUACAUUUUACAACUCGGGAAUGUUCGGGACCGUGUUCGUCAACACGCAGGCGCUUUUUAUUUUCUGUCAAGGACUCUUACAGGUUGUUGGUAUAGGCUUACUUUAUACCGUGUCAUGUACGUGUAUAAACGACUAUUUUGUCGACAAGCGCUUGCUAUCCACCGGCAUUGUGCAAAGUGUGGCAGCCGCCGCAGUAAUGGUGGCGCCGAUGAUUGUGUCGUGGACCAUGGCCGAGUACGGGUACCAGAGCACGCUCAUCGUGAUAUCGGCCGUCGGCAUGCAGAGCUACAUCGCCGCCAUGCUGCUGCAGCCCGUGGCCUGGCACAUGAAGAGGGUCGAAAUCACGGAUUCCGAGUAUAUGACAUUGUUGGAGAAGGAUGAAGAUAAACCAUCUCAAUCAGGUGAAAACGUCGACAAUGCACGCAGUAGGUACGUUCAUUGA